UUUUAGAAUUAUAACAUAAAAAUUAAUUAAGCUUUUAUAAUUCCAAAAGCCACAAAUGUGUGACUGUGUGAAUGCUGCAAAUAUCCUAUCGCAGUCAUUCCAUAUCCAAAUGCCAAACUUAAAGCUAAUUAACUGUUUGAUCUUAGUCGAAUAGCCACCGAUGUCCAAAUGCAUGAAUUCAUGUUUCCCCCGACUGCACGGAAGAAGUACCCACCCCCUCUCACUCACUGUUGGUGUGUGAGAUUUGGAUUUGGCGCAAUUACUGCCUGACACAGUAAUGCAUCUUAACCGCCCGAUCAUAAACUAUAUUCUUGCAGAAUUUAUAGCUGUACAAUUAAAGAAAAGAAUUUCGGUUGACUUCUUUUGGUUGUUGCUUUUUCUGUAUUUAAGCUGAAACGUCCGAUCACAAAUUGACGGCAAAUAUUUAAAACAGCAUGAAACUGCGUAGUUUCUCAACAGCAGAAAAAUAUGUAUAUGAGAAAUAAUAUCAAUUAUGAUAUGCAGCAAAUACUAAAUCUAAUAGUCUAUAGUUUGAUAUUCUCGUACAGGUACAAAUCAGCUAUCAGAUCAUAUAUAUAAGUAGUGCUAUAGCCAAUAGGUAUUCAUUCAUUUACAUACAAAAUACAGUUAAUUAAUGUAUUACACCUAAGUUUAUGUUUCAAGCCAACUAAACCACCUUUUCUUCCAAAAACUUGAAGUAUGGCUGAAAUGCAAUACUAUAUCCAACUUUUUUUAGUUUUGCUACUCUCCACCAUUGCAAUUAUUCGAGCCAUACUUACCAGAAAGAAGAAGAAGAAGAACAACAAGAUUAAUCAUCUUACACCACCAAGAACCCCUCUUGCCUUACCUAUCAUUGGACACUUUUACCUUUUAUCUAAGUUACCAGUUCACCAAAAUUUUCACAACCUUUCAAUUCAAUAUGGACCUAUAAUGAAACUUUUCCUAGGUUAUGUCCCUUGUGUAGUAAUUUCAAGUCCAGAAAUAACAAAGGAGUUUCUUAAAACUCAUGAAACUUCCUUCUCAAAUCGCUUAAUAAAUCAUGUAGUUCACUACUUAUCAUAUGGUUCAAAAGAUUUCAUGUUUGCACCUUAUGGUGACUAUUGGAAAUUCAUGAAAAAAUUAUGCAUGUCAGAACUUCUUGGUGGAAAAACUCUUGAUCAAUUCUGUCCCUUGAGACAACAAGAGACUUUGAGGUUACUUAGAGUUUUGCAUAAGAAAGCGAAAGCCGGUCGGGAGGCGGUUGAUGUUGGUGCCGAGCUCUUGACACUAACUAAUAGAAUUAUGACAAGGAUGACAAUAAGUAGAGCUUGUUGUGAAAAUGAUUGUGAUGUUGAAGAGAUUAGGAAGUUGGUUCAAGAUUCUUCAGAACUUGCAGGGAAGUUUAAUUUGUCUGAUUUUAUUUGGUUUUUUAAGAAUUGGGAUUUGCAGGGAUUUAAUAAAAGGCUAAAAGAGAUGAUGGAGAGGUUUGACACAAUGAUUGAGAGAGUGAUAAGGGAGCAUCAAGAGGAUAUGAUGAAGAAAAGAAAGGAAAAUGGUGAAGGUGCUUAUGUUAAGGAUCUACUUGAUAUUUUGUUGGAAAUUCAAGAGAAUGAGAACUCUGAGAUGAAGUUAACUAGAGAAAAUGUCAAGGCUUUCAUCUUUGACAUGUUUUUAGCAGGAACAGACACAUCUUCUACAACAAUUGAUUGGGCUCUAGCUGAAUUAAUAAACAACUCACAUGUGAUGGAGAAAGUAAGACAAGAGAUUGAUUCACUAACAAGAAAAAGUAGAUUAAUACAAGAAUCCGAUCUUCCGAAUCUUCCAUAUCUUCGAGCUAUACUAAAAGAAACACUAAGAUUACACCCUACAAUACCAUUAAUGGUUAGAGAAUCAUCUAAGAGUUGUAAUGUUAGUGGUUUUGAGAUACCAGCAAAGACUAUUUUAUAUGUUAACUUUUGGUCAAUGGGUAGGAACCCUAAAUUGUGGGAGAAUCCACUUGAGUUUAAGCCAGAAAGGUUUAUGAGUGAAGAGAAUAAGUUUGAUGUGAGGGGACAAAAUUUUCAAUUUAUUCCAUUUGGAACUGGAAUAAGAUUUUGCACUGGUACCUCAUUAGCACUUCAAGUUGUUCCAACAAAUCUUGCUGCAUUGAUUCAAUGUUUUGAAUGGAAGGUUGGUGGUAAUGGAAAAGUUAACAUGGAAGAGAAACCUUCUACUAUCCUUAGAAGGGCUCAUCCUUUGAUGUGUGUCCCUAUUCCUCGUUUUAAUUUAUUUUCUUUUGACGAGUAGACUAUAUGUGCAUGUUUGGAAUUACAAUAAGUUCGAUGAAAUUAUGGUGUCAUUGUGAUUCUAUUAAAGUUUCAAAACGCAACUUUUGUCAAAAUUAAUGUGGUUCACUGUGAUUUCGUCAAACUCAUCACCAAACCAAACAUGCAGUAUAAGUCGUAAUGAUAUUCAUGUAUUAAUAAGUGUGCUUUUUUGAAUGUACUUUUACAUCGUUGGUAUGUACAAAUUAUAUAUUUAUUUUGUAAGUUAUUUUAUAAACUCAAUAAAAUGGUACAAUAUGGAUAGCUUUGAUUGUGAUUAUAAAA